AAAAAACGAGGUAUUGAUUUAAGCGGACAACUAUUCUAAGCCGGGCUAGUCAAGACCUGCACACCGAAGACAAGAUAGAUCUGCAAUUCUAUAAAGCAAGUCAUACUGUUUCAAUUUUAUCACCAAGUGAUUAAUUGGUAAGUCAUAUCUCAAGGCAAUCAAUCCGUGCGAAGAAAGAAAACAUGAACUCGACUGAAGCUGAGUUAUGGCCAAACCUUUACAUUGAGUUGAGAUCUCGGGGUCUUACGACGAUAGUCUUUGAAAGUACUCUAAUCAUCCUCAUCAACAUCUCAGCUUUAGUUGGGAAUUUCUUUACAUGUUGGGUGAUCUACAAAGACGAGAGGCUCCAUACAAUAACCUAUGGAUACAUAGGGGCUCUGGCAAUGUCAGACUUGCUUUAUGCAUGCUUGGUGAACCCGCUUAUCGACGCGUCACUCGUCACUGGUGAAUGGAAUUUAGGGAAGACAGCAUGUCAAGUCCAAGCCGUGCUUUGCAUAGCCUUUGCCUGGAAUUCACUGCAUCUCAUGACGCUUAUUUCUGUCAACCGUUAUUUUCGAGUCAUCAGAUCAGAAGUGUACAGACGAAGGUUCUCGUGGAAGUUAACUGCUUUCUUGAUUGGUGCGUCGCUGUUUUGCGCUGUAUUUUCUUCAUCUUUCCCCUAUUUUCCCGGCUGGUGCGAGUACGUGUUUCAACCUGGAAAAGCUGUGUGUUUCAUGCAUAUUUAUGACAGGUACAGCUCUGAAAAUCGGUCUUUUACCCUUAUCAUGACGGUUGUUUACGUUAUUAUUCCCAUAAUAGUAAUAUCGUUUUGUUACGCGCGCGUGUUUCGCGUCGUAAAGGUGCAACAGAAAAAUUUAAUCAGAAACCUUAACCGGAUACACAUCACAAGUACUUUAGACAAUACCAGAAAUGUCACAACAAAUGAGCAUGCGUCUUCCAUAACAGAGGGGUCAGUGGGCUCUAACACAAACGCAUGUGCACUAGCCCAGCUAUGUAGAAAUCCUGAGGAGAUCCGUCUCAACCGUGUGCUCCUGGUACUAGUCCUCGGCUGUGCAAUUUGUUGGCUUCCUGUCAUUAUUAUUGAAAUUAUUGACACUCUGAUUGGCUCGUUGCCACGUGCUGCUCACGUGUUGUAUACUUAUUUGGGUAGCCUUAGUGGUGCGGUAAACCCUCUAGUCUACGGCAUCAUGAACCGUAAGUUUCGAAAGGAGAUGCUCAGAUUACUACGCAUGUGCAGACCUAAUAAGCGCACUAUCGUCGGGCCUUACGGAAAUUGAGUGGAGCGCGAGGAUUGGGUCUAGUGACUUAUCUUGCUUAUAAAACAUUAAAUUUAAUAAGCAUAUAAAUAUUCAAAAAAAUAUAAGCCAUUUUAGCAAACUAGCUUCCACAUCUAACUUUUUUUAGACUCCUAUUUAAGUAUAGCUGCACUGGGAUUGAGAAUUAAUGUAUAAUGUAUUAAAUGACAGAAUCCUGGUGUCUGAAAGCCUUGCAAAUAGGAACAUACAUAAAGAAUGCCACAGCUUUACAAAGCUGGAUUUGUAUAAUAUUCACGCUUAAUUUUAAUUGCUUUUGUAUUUAAACCCAUUAACUGCGGAUAGCGCAGUCAAGAGUCUAUGUAUAUAAUGUGGAAAAAACAUGAUGUAAAAACAUAUAUCUUUGUGCCUAAA